UCUCCUUCCCACACAGACAGCUUGUGCGAGCAAGAAGGCACCUCUGCCAAGAGCAGAUUCCAGGAGAGAGUGACCAGCUUGUUCUUUCCUGAUAAGUUAUUUGGCGACUGACAGAGGAUGAGCGUGAGGCUCAGCUGGCUCUUCUGUGCACUCUGCCUAUCCACGACUGCCGGUGGUCUUACCCAACAGGGGCUCAAGGAAACUUUGCUGCAGAAACUACAGCUGUCUGAGGUCCCUGAACUUCAGAAGAGGGACAUAAUGAAUCUGGUUAUCCCAGAGCACGUAAGGAACAAAUACAUUUCCAUGCUGAGGCACCACAGAGUGAAGAGAAGAGCCUUGCCAAGUUUGGCUGGCAUCCUGAGAGGGAUUCCUGGCAAUGCAGACAUUGCUGGAGAAGUUCUGUAUUCUGACACCACACGCCAAAAUCUGGUCUUUGACAUGGAGGGAAGGAUACCUGAAAAUAGUGAGGUCACAAUGGCUGAGCUGAAACUUUUCAAAAAGCCCAUGAACAGAACAAACAUCCCUUACAAGCAGUCUCACAGGCCAGUCACCAAUGCCAGAGUCAGUGUUUACUGGGUUCAACGCCAAGCUGAUGGCACCAACCGGACUUCCCUGAUUGAUUCCAGGUUGGUUCCAAUAAUGGAGUCUGGCUGGAGGAAUUUUGAUGUGACCCAAGCAAUACAUUAUUGGCUGAAAACUGAGAGGCAGGGACCGAUGCUACUAGAGAUUUGGAUUGAAGGAGAAAGGCUAGGCAGCUACGCCUCAGAAAUGGCCAAAGUUGUGCGUUUUACCUCUCAGGACCCUUUGGAUAAAGCCAUGGGCAAACCUGAACUGGUGCUUUAUACCCUCAACCUGGAAGUAUACGGAGGGCCUGGAGACUGUAAGGAGGAAACCCUGAAGAAGAAAUCAACUUGCUGUCGGCAGGAACACUACAUCAACUUCCGAGAGCUGACCUGGACUCAGUACUGGAUUAUUGAGCCGGCAGGAUACCAGGCCUAUCACUGUAUGGGUAGCUGUAUGCAGCCCAAAAGCUUGCUACGCCGAUUUGGCUAUGGGGAGAGAACUUGUGCCAUUGUGGAGAGCUCCCCACUUCCCAUGAUGUAUCUUGUCAAGAAGGGAAACUACACAGAAAUUGAAGUGGCUGAGUUUCCUAACAUGAUCAUAGAGAAGUGUGGCUGUGUUAUGGACAAUAUAGCAGUGGUGUAGAGUAAGCAUAUACACCGAGGACCAGACUACAGCUGCACAGGGAAGGGGGCCACAACAAGUCCUUCCCUUGCUUUCCAGGCCAAUUCAAAGGCAGUCAUAAUACUAAUGUGUGGUUUCUCUGGGUGCAAGGUGUAGGCAGAUGCUGCCAUCCACAGUAUAUACUCCAGAAAGAGGGCAUGGAUGCAGCAAAGCCUCUCUUUUGAUGCCAGCUGCACCCUUUGAAAUAAUUUAGCAAAUAAUUUGAGAUAAGUUGCUGGAACUGCAUUUGUUCCUCUUCAGGAAUUCUGCUUGCCUGUGGGUACAUCUACGUGUGCUAUUCAUGCUAUUUGGCUUUACUGUGCAGUAAAUUUACCUGCAUAUGU